AUGAGGAAAAAUAAAUUAUCGGAGAUAUUAAAAGUAUAUUUUGGUGGGCCAUCCCUAGGAUUGCCAUCAGAACAAUUUUACAAAAGCUUGGAUAGUGAAUUCUUUAAUUAUAAACCUAGAAACUUAUGGAAAAUAACCCAUGAAGAGUACGAAGCAUAUAGAGGAAUAUGUGAAUCCUUCAAUAAAGAUCAUGAAAAUGAUUGGUUCAGAAAACUUUGUUUAGUACUAUUAAGGUACAUUAGAAACGCAAAUACAGUAACAGAUAACCAAAAUAAUGACUACGACGAUUGCGCACUUUUGAAUUUUUGGAUAUACGAAAGAUUAUCUUUGAUAUAUAAUAAUAAUUAUUCCAUCAUUACUACCAUGUUUGCUAAACUUCAGUUAUUAUGGAAUACUCUUGUUUCAGAUCAAAUAUAUAAAUCAUUUUUCAGUAAAUGUAAUCCUAACUUUCAUAUACACGUUAAGAAUAAUUGGAGAAAAAUAAAAGAGUUAUAUGAUUAUUGUGUAGAUUAUCAAACACUUUAUAAAACUGCUGUAAAUUUUAACCCCAAUCGCAAUUAUAUUUAUAGAUAUUUAAAAAAAAAAGCUCCAUUAUAUAAAGAAUUUGAGAAAAAUUGUCUUCACGAUAACAAUAAUAAGUGUUUAGAAUUCUACAAUAAAUGUAAGGAAUAUGCUCCGGAUCACGUGAUAAAUGAGAUUAAAUGUAUAAUUGAAAAGAAAAGCAAUAAUUCUCAUAAAUAUGAAUUAGAUUGUAAACGGGAAUUAGGGACUCAAUCCGAUGGGGUGUUAGUAGAUGGAGGUGAUGAUAUGCUUGAUUCACUAGAUGGACUUACAGUUGAUGUUGAUUUAUCACCAUCAAUAAAAGGAGAAGAUGAAUUUGUUGGUUUAUAUGUAAACAGUGAAACCUCAAAAACUAUAAUAAUAUUAGGAAAGACAUUUCUUGGAUUGACACUAUUUACUAUUCUUUCUGCCAUUUUGUAUAAAUAUACACCCAUAGGAAUACAAAUGCACAAACCAUUUCGACGGAAAAAAAAUAGUAUAAACCACAUAGAUGGAAAACAAGAUGUGUUAUUUGACUAUUCAUCAGGAUCAUAUAAUUUAAAUUAUAUGAAUGGAGAAGAAUAUUAUGUAGGAUACCAUAAUGAGUAA